AUGCCGUCUUGUGCCAUUCCUACCUGUAAAAAUGUUGUUGGGCUCCAGAAGAAAAAGGAUGGGAUCACAUUUCAUGUUUUCCCUGCUGAUGAAAAAAGGAAAACGGAGUGGACUAAAAUUAUACAAAGAGCACGGCUAGAAGAGUUUUGGAAACCGUCAAAGCGAAGCGUAGUUUGCUCAAUGCAUUUUGAUGACAAAUAUUUUUAUGAAACAAAGCGAGGUUUCAGAAGGCUUAGGAAGGGAGCUUUUCCAAAUAAGCAUUUGGCCAUGGCAACAACAGCGUCAGAGUUAUGCAUUGAAACAUCUAAAAAUGCUUCGCCUGUUCAAUCAAACUCAGAGAUUGGUGAUGUGAAUAUUUCUGAUUUAGACUAUAUAUUUGAUACGCCGAAAAAAGCGAAACUAAGAUCCCAAUUACGCAGCAAAAAAUUAAUUUCAAUAUUACGCGGGUGGGAAGUGGGACGGGCGCGGGACGUUCGUUUUGUUUUUGGACACAGUGCGCGGCAUGUAAAUACAGUUGAACGCGGCUUCUGGUUCUUUCUGUAUUCUGAGGAGUGA